ACAUACCCGCGUAAGACUCCUUCCGAGACCGUCGUCUCUACCGACGACAGUACCUGCAUCCGAGAGUACCUUGCUGCUCUCUGUGAGUCACUCACAGUGCGAUGCUUUCGUCAGACCGAGCGCUUGUCAGAAACGAUUCCGCCUUGUCAUAUUCCCCUGCAUGAUCUACCGCAGCCCGCGCGUAUGUGUCCUGUCCUCUUGCUGCUCCAGAUCCUUGACGUCCUGCCGACCGAGUGCUAGCGUUGUUGUCCGCAGACAGCGGUGUCCAGCACAACGAAAAUCAUCAAGUGAUGACAAGAGACUGAGCAAACAAGAGGUCGUCUCAAAGAUAUGCCCUAAAGGCUUUUUUGCUACGCUAACCCCAGAUCGAGUGGCCACUCUUUCUCGAUGUGGACGCGGAGCCUCAGGAGUCGCGACUCAUGACAAGUCGACACGCGAAAGGUGAUGUGCUCCUGGUCACUUGCGCUCUCGCAGUCAUCUGAUACAGAAUUGGAUAAGAGCAUGCCUCACAGCACACAACACCGACUGUGCCACACGUAGAGUAACCCGA